GGUUCACCCAAAGAUUACUUCCGGUACACGCCGAAGGGCGCGGCCGCACUCGCAGAACACGCAGGCCUCGAGGUGGUCAAGCUGUACGCGCCUGGUGACCUGGCCCUCGUGAGCGGGACGAUGCAAGGCAUGGUGUGGUCGUCUUCAUUGUGGCCGUCGUGGUCGUCGUGGCCGUCGCCGCGGCAUGAUGCUGCCAUACUGGUCAGACCAGCGCGUGCUCACGGAGGAGGCCCCGCAUCCUGGAGACGAUUCUCCAAGCCACCCGCUGAACGUUUUUGCGCUGCUGCGCAAGGCUUCGGGUAGCUGACCUCCUCGGUGCCGUGUGUGUCUAGCCGCGUAGAGAAAGGCGCCUCGCGCAGUACCUGGCCGUGCUCUGCUCCCU